AUGGGGCACGAGCGGCGGCGCUCCCUCUGGACGCGAACGGCAACGCAGCGGCCCGAGGCGGCUGGCGCAGGCCAGGCCCAAGCCAAGCCCAAGGCCGGCAGGCGCAGGCCCGGCGCAGGCCCAGCGCAGGCCCAGCUGGAGGCCAGCUGGAGGCGCAGGCGCAGGCGGCGCGGCGCUGCGGCGGCGGCGGCGGCGGCGUCUGCGCUGGCGCACCGGGGCAGCGUGGACGACGCGGUGCCGCAGGCGGCCAACGCGCUGGCCGAGGCCGUGGCCAAGGCCGUGGCGGCCGGCGACGCCAUCUCCUUCUGCGCCGAGGCGCGCUCAGAGGCCUUCGAGCGGCGCGAGGACGGGCAGGUGGUGGAGCAGACCUCGUCGUCUUCGUACCAGGAGACGAGCAGCGGGGACGCCGCAGAGGCCCUCAGAGCGGCAUCCGCCGCGAGCGAAGCGUCCGCUGCCACCCCCGCGCCCGCGCCCGCCCCCGCGAACGGCCCCGGCCCCGCCCCCUCAGCGCCCGACGCCGGCGGCGGCGGCGGCGGCGGGGGCGACGCCGCCAGCGAGAUCCAGCAGGAGAGCAUCAAGAACACGCUCAAGGAGAUCAUCUCGGAGAUCGAGGAGGCCGUCGUGUCGGAGGUCAUCUCGGACAGCGGCUCCGCACCCGCGCCGGCCUCCGCCCCUUCGGACGCCCCCGCGCAGGACUCUGAGCCGCAGGAGGAACAGCUUCCUGCCAAUAGAUCCUCUCGGAUGCUAAGCAAGCAGACAUCCACAACGUCCUUGGAGGAACAGAACAGUCUCAUAAUUAACGGAGCAAUGCAGAUCGCCCAGGAGCUGAACCAGGUGUUGGGGGAGAGCGGUGCUGGGCAAGACUUCUCCGCGCAGGUAUUAUCGCAACCAAACACUUUAGCAGCAGCAUCCUAA